AUGCGUUCCGCCAUCGUCAUCACCGCCUUCAUCGCCUCGGCCCUCGCCGACUACAGCGGCGGCACCCCCGAGGAAUGCGCCGUCAAGUGCACCACCGCCCACGACGCAUGCCUCGUCAAGCCCGACGCCAACAGGGCCGAAUGCGCCUCCGAGUACGCCGCCUGCCUGGGCUACAACCCGUAUGAAGGCGGCUUUGUAACUCCCACGGCGUGCUCCAAGACGACGACGGCGGCGGCUCCCACGCAGACAAAGGCGCCGCAGGACGAGUGCAAGUGCUACGACGAGUACAACAAGUGCCGCAGCGCCCCUGGAGCCAACAUGUCGUACUGCGCCUCUCAGUAUGCCGGAUGUCUGGGCUACAACCCCUUUGACGGACAGCACGACCCGGAGGAGAUUGAGAAGAAGUGCUCCAAGCCCAUCAUCACUCCCACUCCCGCUCCUCCUCCUCCUAAGCCAGACUGUCGCCACAUCAAGGAGUGUGGCCAAGAGCGCGAUAAGUGCAGAGGCAAGCCUGAUGCCAACCAGGCAGAGUGCGCUUCCGAGUACGCAAAGUGCCUCGGCUUCAACCCCUUUACCUCUGAGGGAGAGCAGUGCAUCAAGCAAUGCGAGGAGGAACAUGAUGACGAGCAUAAACCUCCUCACAACGGGACGGCGCCUCCCGUUCAGCCUUCGCUGUCUCCCAUCAUAUCUGGUGGCUCCGGGGUGAGGCCGCUGGAGCUGUUUAGCUUGUUGGCUGCCGGCGUUGCUGCUUUCUUGUAG